AUGGAGACUUACAAACGUACUUUAUUCAUCAUCCUUUUUCUUUUCGGGCUUAAUGAGAAAUUCUCGAACGCAACGCCUAUAAAUUCUCACAAGAGUUGCAAUUUUCCGGCUGUUUAUAACUUUGGAGAUUCAAAUUCGGAUACCGGAGCUAUCUCUGCGGCCAUCGGAGAGGUUCCUCCGCCAAACGGAGUUGCCUUCUUCGGAAGAUCGGAAGGAAGACAUUCCGAUGGUCGUCUCAUUAUAGAUUUCAUUACCGAAAAUCUCACGUUACCGUAUCUAACACCGUACUUGGAUUCGGUUGGAGCUAAUUACAGACAUGGUGCUAAUUUUGCGACUGGCGGUUCUUGUGUCCGCCCGACUGCUGCUUGUUUUAGCCAAUUCCAUCUUGGCACUCAAGUGUCCCAAUUCAUUCAUUUCAAGUCUCGUACUUUGUCUCUAUACAACAAAACCAACGAUUUCUCAAAAGCUCUUUAUACAUUCGAUAUCGGGCAGAAUGAUCUCGCGAUCGGGUUCCAAAACAUGACGGAGGAACAACUUAAAGCAUUUAUACCCAAAAUCAUCGAAAACUUUACCAUUGCUUUAAAAUUGCUUUACAAAGAAGGAGCAAGAUUCUUCUCAAUUCAUAACACCGGACCCACGGGCUGUUUAUCGUAUCUUCUGAAAUCUUUUACCGCUACACCGCGAGAUCGGUACGGUUGUUUAGAACCUCUAAACAAUGUAGCGAUUGAGUUCAACAAGCAGCUCAAGAACAAAAUCUCUGAACUGAACAAGGAGUUACCUUCUUCUCUCUUUACUUAUGUUGAUGUCUACUCAGCUAAAUACAAUUUGAUCACCAAAUCAAAGCAUCUCGGUUUUGUGGAUCCUUUUGAUUAUUGUUGCGUUGGGGCGGUCGGACGUGGAAUGGGAUGUGGAAAGACAAUAUUUCCAAAUGGGACAGAACUGUAUAGUUCUUCCUGCAAAAACCGCACAGAAUUCAUAAGUUGGGAUGGUAUACAUUAUUCCGAAACCGCGAAUAUGCUAGUCGCAAACCAGAUCCUCGACGGAUCGAUAUCUGAUCCGCCUCUACCAACCCAAAAAGCUUGCAAGCUGAUGAAAAAUUAA